GUAUCGCCUGUUGUCUUGUAUAUCGUGUGGUGUAAUUACAAAGAAAAAAACAAGGAAUUACCGACACGACAACAAAAGAAACAGAUACCCUUUGGUCGGCGAAGUUUCCUUGGCUACCUUUCUUCCUUUCUCGUUUGCUUCUCCUUCUCUAUUUCUGUCCCUCUCCCGCUGCAAACUGCAAAGACCAACAACUUCAAUUUUCUGAAAUGGGUUUGUGGGAUUCACUUCUUAAUUGGCUCCGCAGCUUAUUCUUUAAGCAGGAAAUGGAACUAUCACUCGUCGGUCUUCAAAAUGCAGGAAAAACGUCUCUUGUUAAUGUCAUUGCUACAGGAGGCUAUAGUGAAGACAUGAUUCCCACCGUUGGUUUCAAUAUGCGAAAAGUUACAAAGGGAAAUGUGACAAUAAAACUAUGGGACCUUGGAGGACAACGAAGGUUUCGUACCAUGUGGGAGCGUUACUGCCGUGGUGUCUCUGCUAUUGUAUAUGUGGUUGAUGCUGCUGACAGAGACGGUGUUCCAAUAUCACGAAGUGAGUUACAUGACCUCUUAACAAAACCUUCCUUGAGUGGAAUUCCUUUGCUUGUUCUUGGCAACAAAAUUGACAAGUCAGAAGCUCUUUCAAAGCAAGCUUUGGUGGAUCAGUUAGGUCUCGAAACAAUCAGUGAUAGAGAGGUGUGCUGCUACAUGAUUUCAUGCAAAGAUUCCAUAAAUAUAGAUGUCAUAAUUGAUUGGCUAAUCAAGCACUCGAGAACAGCCAAAUAAGCAGUCGUGCAAUGUUCUCCUCUUUUGUCUCAUUGCAAGUAAUGGAAGGAAAGAUCCCAUGCAUACAGGUAGAAGCUCUGGUACAUAUUUUCAUGGAAUUUCCUUAAAUUUACGUUAUUUAUGGUCCAAAUAAGUUUUUUCUUUACCGUUGGAAAGAAUUGAGGCCUAGUUUUUGGUUGUGCUCCAAAAAGGCACGUUGUCUAGCAUUAGAACAAUUGAUGGUGUUGAAUGAUUGGCUAUAAAAUUGAUUAAGCUAGCUUCUCCUGAUGAUCUGGAUCUAAAGCCAAAGGAAAUGUGGCUCUUAAGAUUAUUUGUUUAUGUUUGUGUAUUUGCAAGUCUUGUUUUUACUGGUAUAUUCAGGUGCAUUAGUCUCCUUUAAUGGAGUGGAAGAGUGAAUUGCCUUUUAAUGUUUACUUCUAAACAAUAAGCUUUGUAGUUAUACAAAAGAAAAAUAUACCCUUGUCUUUAUGAUAAAAUAAAAUGCGAGCUUUGGCUCAACGAAUGUUAAUUGCAUUUCGAAUUGCCUUUCGAUAAGAUUUUAUUGUUUCCAAAUUAUUCUAAAUGUGCAUCUUCUUUGUUCUAUUUCAGUGUGAUUCUGUCCUUUCUCUUAAAACUAACAUGUUGAUAGUAAUCAUAUAAAAUCUUAAGGUCAUAUUUGAUAAACAAGAUUAUGAUAGAAUAGGAUAAGAUGAUUUUAUAAAUAGGAUUAGAUUAAAUAAUAUCAUCAUAUCUUAUGUUUGAUGU